CAGGAUGUAUACUCUGUUAUCUGGACUCUAUAAAUACAUGUUCCAGAGGGAUGAGUACUGCGUCUUGAUCCUUGGUUUGGACAAUGCUGGUAAAACAACCUUCCUUGAACAAACUAAAACUCGAUUUAACAAAAACUACAAAGGGAUGAGUUUGUCCAAAAUCACAACCACUGUAGGCUUAAACAUUGGUACUAUUGAUGUUGGCAAAACUCGACUGAUGUUCUGGGAUCUUGGAGGGCAGGAGGAGCUACAGUCUCUUUGGGACAAGUAUUAUGCCGAGUCUCAUGGAGUGAUCUAUGUUAUUGACUCCACUGAUGAGGAGAGGCUCUCGGAAUCUAAAAGAGCGUUUGAGAAGAUGGUCACUAGCGAAGCUCUGGAAGGGGUUCCUAUUCUGGUGUUAGCUAACAAGCAGGAUGUAGAGACCUGUCUGUCAAUACCUGAUAUCAAGACUGCAUUUAGUGACUGCAUUAACAAAAUUGGGAAGAGAGACUGCCUGACACAAGCCUGCUCUGCUCUUACUGGCAAAGGAGUGAAUGAGGGAAUUGAAUGGAUGGUGAAGUGUGUGGUGAGGAAUAUUCACCGACCCCCGAGACAGAAGGACAUCACGUAAGAAAUUCCAAGUUAGCCAAGGAAUGGACACCCUCUCUCCACGCAGUUUCCUGUUCUCUUUAAAGAAGAAGAUCCACAGGAUUCCUCUUAAACUUGAUUCUUUCCUAAGUUUUUUUGGAGACAAACAUUCUCUUUCUGUGUCUAAAAAAAAAACUCGAGCAAAGGAUUCUAACUGGGAGGAAAAAAAAUCUCUUGCAUUGUGUAUUAAGUCAUUGGCCUGCGAGCGUAGACUUCCCAAAGGCUGAGUGGCAAUCCACACUUUGUUGCAGAUGCAAAGGACAUAAUUUUCUACUGUAUUGUUUUGUGAGUCUUGAUCUGUUAAUCUAACAGGGGUUAGAGGCCAAUGAAGUGGAACUCUCCCUUGAAGGAACUGGGUAGGUGGAUCAGAAAGGGGAGAGGGAGCCUGGGGGAUGGCUGUCCUUUUAACUGAGGUGAUAUCUCGCUGUUCCAGCCCCAUGGUGUUACUGGCCCUAUUAUGCUGUUGUUUGUAUAAUGGGGAGAGACAGCGUUGACUGUAACUCAGUUUUCAGUUGGCACAUUGAUUCGUGACGUUUACCUGUGGUAAAUGCAGAUAUGGAAGCCAGCAACUGCACAACAGUACGCUGCUUAUGAUGGGUAUUCUUAACAGGGCAUGAUCUUCAGAAGCACUGUUGAUCUCGGUUGUGCAGUCUCUUUAAUGGUAAGAAUGAUUGGUAUCUUCUGUAACCAGAGGGAAUUGAGGUCCUCUCUGUACUUUCUGGGCUGAAAGCUGAAUCUCUAGGCAAGGAGAAAUCAAUAUGCAAUAAAGCUUCCUACUCCUUUAAACUUCUCA